AUUCGCGGGUUGUAGAGUCCGGCAAAGUGUCGAACUGAAGACUGAAGUGAAGAGGAAGUACUUUUUAAAAUGAAAAUAUAGAAAAUGAUACUUUAACUGUCUACAGCCGCGCAGAGGGAGAAGGUGAGCAGGCUCGCGGAGUGUCUGUAGUCCGCCAGCCAUGCCAGCCCAACCCCCUGUGAGGGAGCCGGAGGAGGAGAUGGAGGCUGAAGGAGAGUCACAACUCCCUGAGGCCAACGGAGAGUUGCAGCGACCGCGAGAGGGUGAAAGAGGAGGUGGAGAUGGAGACGAGACCAUGGAGGAGAGCGCGGAGGAGAGGGAGAGCGACUUGGAGGAUAGUGAAGAGGAGGAGGAGGAGGAGGAAGAGGAGAGUUCAGAGAUGGAUGAUGAAGACUGUGAGCGGAGGAGAGGAGAGUGUCUGGAUGAGAUGGUGGAUCUGGAAAAACAAUUUCAGGAGCUGAAAGACAAGUUGUUUCGCGAGCGGCAGAAUCAGGUGAAGGUGAACCUGGACGAGGUGCUGACAGGGAAGGCUGGAGAAUACAGAGAACCGCUGGUUGCACUACAGGACAACAUGCAGAUACAAACACAAGUGGCCGGCGUGUACAGAGAGCUGUGUCUGCAGGUGAUGCAACACAAGUACGAGUGUGAAAUACAAGGAGCGAAGCAGCACCUGGAGAGUGAGCGGUCGUUGCUGCUUGAUGCCAUGAAGACUGAGCUGCUGGAGAAGAUAAGAAGACUGGAGGAGGACAGACAGAACAUCGACCUCAGCUCAGAGUGGAGUGACGAGAUGAAGGGAAAGAAGUGUAAAAGAAAGAACGUGCUGGCUCGGUCGGAGAGGAAAAAGAAAGUAGCUCUGGUUUCAGGGCCUUUCAUCGUCUACAUGCUGAGGGAGAUCGACAUCCUCGAAGACUGGACUGCUAUCAAGAAGGCAAAAGCAGCUCUGUCACCACUAAAAAAGAAAGUUGAAAAGCGGUGAUGAAGGAGGAUCUUAUUGAAGACCACUGGCAAAGAAACCAAACUUCAUGUACACACACACACACACACACACACACACACACACACAUUCCCAGCUACUUCCACUAAUGGUUGCAGUUUUGUCUCCUCAGGACCCAGACGUUUGUUGUGUUGUUUUUAUCCGCGUCUUUCCCCCCCCACCAACUGCUUGUUUUUAUCUAUUGCUAUUUAAAAUAAAUUCUUAAUGAUAUGACAACCAUGUAUUUAUAGAAUGAUUUAUAAUGGUGAUUAAAAUGUUGAUCUUUUGUGACUAA